AUGAGCUGCGGCCGCCGGGACCUCGGCGCCUUCGGCGCCGCCGCGAAGUCCGCGGCGCAGCUGGGGGCCGCGGACUGCGCCUGGCGCGCGGUGUGGGACCUGCGCCUGGGGCCGGCGGCGGAGAGCCAGGUGCGGCGGAAGAUGCUGCUGCUCUUGGCCUCGCAGUGCGUGGAGUGCAAAGCGCCCACGGACUUCGAGCAUGGCAUCCUGGGCGCAAGGCUCUGCGAGGGCUGCGAGCGCAGCUUCCCACACUACGCGCUCAUCAGGAGCAGCACCGCCAUCAAGGAGUACCAGCUGCCCCUGGGCGCGCUGCAGCAGCUGCCGGGGCUGGACGGCGCCACGGGCCGCGUCUUCCUGCGCCGGGACGUGGAGGCCCUGGCGGCCAGGCACCACACGCAGGAGAGCCUCCAACAGCUCCGCGCCAAGAACGACGUGGGCAUCACCGCCUCUGGGCGGCAGCGCAAGAAGCCGGACUUCCGCAGGCAAGCAGCGAGCGGCAUGUCGCGAGCGCGGGAAGUGCGCGCCGUGUUUCAGGACACCGAUCCGUGCUGCUUUGAGGCGACGGCUCUACGGCGCGCCGACCACGCCAUCGAUCCGGAAGGCGUUUUGGGGGCCUGCUGUGCGCGCUUGGCGCAGCAAUUGCCUUCGGUGUUCAGCGCGGGGCCCAGCACGGCCUUGUCGGAUGGGUACGUUCCGGUGAAGAAGUAUGAGAUCUUUGACGGCGUCACCUUUCAGUGGUUCAUGUGUGGGGGCAUCCUUCUGGUGGGCUUCCUGUCGUCUCUGAUCUUCGGCAGCUUUGGCAUGGCCGACGAGAAGGAGUGCCUCCUCAUCAUCGCGGGCGGGGCGCUUUGGGCGCUUUCGAACUACCUGGUCCUGCCACUGGUGAAGCUGCUGGGCAUUGGCCUGGGCUUUUCGCUUUACCACUUUGUAAACCUGGUGGUGGGCUAUGUCAUCGGCCGCUUCGGCAUCUUCGACAUGGAGCCUCUGAAGGGCAACACCCAGAUUUGCGACGUCGGCUGCGGCUUGGUGCUGUGCUCCUUCUUCCUCAUGGUCUUCGUGGAAGAGGCCGAGCAGCGCGAGACGGGCACCGAGCUGGACCAGGCAUAUCGGGAUAAGUACGCUCGCUGGCGCGAGGAGCACGUGAACAAGCCGAACCAGCCCUCGGUCAUUGAAGCCACGGGCAGCGUGUUGGUGUCGUACUCCACCGCCGAGGCGGGGGGACAGCUGCACUCGGUGGGCGGCUUCUCGGUGCUGCAGCCCCCGAAGCUGCCGAGCGCGCCCAGCGCGCCGAGGGUUGAGGGCGAGGCGGCUCCCGAUGCGGCAGGAGGGCUUGACAUGGAGGCAUUGCGCGCUGAGAUGCGAAGUGAUGCGCCGCACUCAUCCUCGGCCGUGGAGAGCUUCCUCCAUGCUGCGGCGGGCAGCGAGCCCCCCACCGCCGCAGGUGUCCCCGCAUCGCUGUACAACGAGAGGCACAAGGGUGCUCCAGCAACCGACGUGGUCUUCCCGCAGUGCUUGGGCAUUUACGCUUGCAGUAGUGCGAUUUACCUGGUGUAUGCAGGUGUUGCCAAGAUGGCGGGCUGGCGGGUGCCGCAUAGCCCCAUCCGGCCAGCCUAUGCCAGCGGCUGCAUUUGGGCAAUAGGCUUCACCUUCAUGAUCUGCGGCAUCUCCUCGCUGGGCUUCUCCGUGGGCUAUACGCUGGACGCUGUGGGGCCCAUCGUCGUUGCCAGCCUGCUGUCCAUCUUCGUUUUCAAGGAGAUCACGGACAAGUUUCAGCUUCUGCUCUACGGCAUUGCUUUUACCCUGCAGCUCGUGGGUGUGGUCAUGAUGUCUGCCGGCGGGGAGCAUUGAGGCGUCAAAGCUGAUGGACUGGUCGAAGUUUGCCGAGGCUUUGCUUCUGACUCGAAGUGUGCUGCAUUUCUUCUUUGCUUUGGUCCAGUGUUGGCCCGAUGCCGCCAUGCGCAUCACCCUCUUGAAGAGGGGGGCCUGCCGCACGUGAUUUGGAACACUUCCUCUCGUGCGUUGUAAACGAACUCAGCCGUCAUCUUGAAGAUGACUUGGCUAUGGGCAGAAGCCUGUCGACAUAUUAGGCGGUUGCGAGCCCAACUGUGUGAGACACGGU